AUGUCUAAUCUCUUGGAUCCCAUUACCAUCGGUGCCCGGUUUGACCUAAGAAAUCGGGUCGUUAUGGGCUCGAUGACCCGCAACCGAUGCGUGGACGACAAUAAGCCAGGCCCGGCACAAAUCAAACACUAUGCUGACAGGGCAAAAGACGGAACGGGCCUCAUUGUGUCCGAGGGCAUUUUCAUUGACUGGACUGGUUGUGAUUGGCAAUACACACCAGUAAUGAUAACAGACGACCACGCCGCCGCAUGGAAAAGGGUGACUGACGCAGUUCACGAGGUUGGAGGCAAGAUAUUUAUGCAGGCGUGGCAUGCGGGGCGUUGUGCUCAUGAUGAGAUGCCCAUUGCCAAGGAGCACAGUGUCCAGGUUCUAGCUCCUUCUGCCAUCAAGGCGAAUGCAGGAGAGUAUCAUGACCUGCCUGGUCGACCUGGACACACAGCCAAUGUCCACGCCAUCGAGGACCCGAAGACUAUCAUUGAGACAUAUCGACAUGCUUGCACUCUGGCCAAGCGCGCUGGGUUUGAUGGUGUUGAAUUGUUAGCCCAAGGUGGCUACUUGGCUCAACAAUUUCUCAAUUCUCGCGCCAACAAGCGAAAAGACAGUUAUGGCGGCACAGUCGAAAAUAGGUGCCGUUUCAUCCUCGAGACGAUCGAUGCUAUUACCAAGAUUUUUGAAGGUCCAGGGGCUAUCUGCGUCAAGAUUAGCCCUACCGAUUACUUGAACGACUCCAUGGUGGGCUUUGACGAGAUGAAAGAGACGUACACCUACUUGAUCAAUGAAAUGGUCAAACGUAGAGUGGGAAUCAUAACUCUGUGCCGUCGUGGGACAUCUACUGGGGACCUACUUAACCGACCCAAGGAAUUUUCCAUUCCCGAGGGCUAUGACCCUGUUUUAGAUUUGGGAAAGCUUGUCAAGUUCCCGGGCAGCCCGUCUAGACUCAUGGCCAACAACGACUACACAGUUGGGGAAGCUAACAGACUAAUAAAGGAGGGAAAGAUCGACAUGAUCACGUUCGGUCGGCCGUUCAUUUAUAACCCAGACGUGAUUCAUCGCAUCAGGCACGGAAUUCCAUUCGCUGUCAACAACCGGACCAACGCCGUUCUUUAUGGCCCAUACAAAAUCCCCGAUGAGAACUACAAUGACUGGCCGGCUGCUGCUAUUCUUGGUGUUUAG